GGUGACGUCACAGCGCCGUUCGCGGAAGUAGGGCAAAAGUCACGGCGGAGCGUUCCACGGCAGAUCCGUAAGCUUACGGUUAAAAAACAUCACCUCAAACAUCAUAAAGACAGAAAACACACAUCAUCUGAAGAUGUCAGCGCCUUUGACUUUCGACGGCAGAGUCGUGCUGGUGACCGGAGCCGGAGGAGGUUUGGGGAGGGAAUAUGCGCUGGCGUUCGGUCAAAGAGGAGCCGCUGUCAUCGUCAAUGAUCUAGGAGGAGAUAUUAAAGGAGGUGGCAGGAGCUCAGCGGCCGCUGAUAAAGUGGUGGAGGAGAUCAGAGCUAAAGGAGGCAAAGCCGUGGCCAGUUACGAUUCAGUGGAAGACGGUGAGAAGCUCAUCCAGACGGCGCUGGAUACAUUUGGCCGAAUAGAUAUCGUGGUGAAUAACGCUGGGAUUCUGCGCGACCGAUCGUUCGCCAGGACCAGCGAUGUAGACUGGGACCUGAUUCACCGCGUGCACCUGAGGGGCUCCUUCCUCGUCUCGAGGGCCGCCUGGAACCACAUGAAGAACCAGAAGUUCGGGAGGAUCAUCAUGACGUCGUCCGCGGCAGGGAUCUACGGGAACUUCGGCCAGGCCAACUACAGCGCGGCGAAGCUGGGUCUGCUGGGGCUGUCCAACACGCUGGCCAUCGAAGGACAGAAGUACAACAUCCACUGCAACACCAUCGCUCCGACCGCAGGCUCCCGGCUCACCGAGACCGUCAUGCCUCCAGAUCUCCUGCAGUCGCUGAGGGCCGAGUACGUGGCUCCGCUGGUGCUGUGGCUGUGUCAUGAAGCGUGUCCAGAGAACGGAGGACUGUUCGAGGUUGGCGCUGGAUGGAUCGGAAAACUGCGCUGGGAGAGAAGUCUGGGUCGAAUCGUGCGGCAGAAGAACCAGAGCAUGACGCCGGAGGCGGUGCGAGACGCUUGGAGUGAGAUCUGUGACUUCACUGACGCCAGUAAACCCUCCAGCAUCCAGGAGUCGCUGCAGACGCUGGUGGAGGUUCUGUCCCGAGUGGAAGAUGAACGUGGAAUCAGAGCCAAUCCGACCGCCGGCACAAACCCUUCGUCGGCUGUGGGUCAGACGCUGCCGGAGAUGGUCUUCUCGUACACACACAUGAACUGUAUCCUGUACGCUCUGGGAGUGGGGAUGUCCACCAGAGAGCCGGAGCACCUCAGGUUCCUGUAUGAAGGUCACCAGGACUUCAGCGUUCUGCCCACGUUUGGAGUGAUUCCGGCUCAGAGCGCCAUGAUGGGCCUCAGCAGCGUCCCGGGACUCAACAUCGACUUCACCCAGCUGCUGCACGGAGAGCAGUAUCUGGAGAUGUCCGGAGCGCUGCCCACCUCAGGGACUCUGAGGUCUCGGGCCGUGGUGGCAGAUGUUCUGGAUAAAGGAUCAGGGAUGGUCAUCGUGCUGGACGUUCAUACGUACAGCGAGCGUGAGCUGGUGUGUUAUAAUCAGUUCUCGCUCUUCAUCGUCGGCGCUGGAGGAUUCGGAGGGAAGCGCACGUCCCAGAAGGCUGUGGCCACAGCUCCUCGUCCAGACAGAGCUCCAGACGCUGUGAUCGUAGAGCAGACCUCCAGAGAUCAGGCGGCUCUGUACAGACUGAGCGGGGACUGGAACCCGCUGCACAUCGACCCCAGCUUCGCUGCGAUGGGAGGGUUCGAGUCUCCCAUCCUGCACGGCCUGUGUUCGUUUGGCUUCGCCGCUCGGCACGUUCUGAAGCAGUACGCCGCUAACGACGUGUCCAGGUUCAAGGCCAUCAAGGUGCGCUUCGUGAAGCCGGUGUAUCCGGGACAGUCUCUGCAGACGGAGAUGUGGAAGGAAGGGAACAGGAUUCACAUCCAGUGCAAGGUGAAGGAGAGCGGAGACGUGGUGCUGUCCGGAGCAUAUAUAGAUCUGCAGACGGAUGUGUGUGUCAGCGCCGGGUCUCCACAGGUCUGCACACACACACACACACACACAUCUGAGACCAGACUCCGAGCACAGCGUGAUGAUGCGGUUCGUUCACAGAGCCUCAGUCUGCAGAGCGACCUGGUGUUCUCUGAGAUCGCACGCAGGAUCAGAGACGGCGGUCAGGAGCUGGUGAAGAAGGUCAAUGCUGUGUUCGGAUGGGAGAUCAGCAAAGACGGCAGAACCGUCCGAGAGUGGACCAUCGAUCUGAAGACGGACGGAGGAUCUCUGCACAGAGGAGUCUCUAAAGCAGACGUGAUCUUCAGCGUCUCAGACGAGGACUUCAUGGAGGUGGUGAAGGGCAAACUGAACCCUCAGCAGGCGUUUUUCUCCGGCAAGCUGAAGGUCAAAGGGAACAUCAUGUUGAGUCAGAAGCUGGAGGCCGUGCUGAAGGACUACGCCAAGCUCUGAAGAUCCUCGCCGUCGCUCAGAACUAAUGAAGAAGAAUCAUCUCCACUGAUGAGAGCCGUCAACAUCUGACCUGAAGAGAUGCUUCUCUUCCUCAGUGUGUGUGUUUGUGUUCUAGUAUAAAUAUCUGAACAUUACUGAAUCAGGAUGCAUUUACUGUACAAGUGACAUCAUUUAAAAUGAUUUUUUUUUUUAUUAUUAUCAAAAUGUUAGUUUUGGCUUAAAAAGAGCAGAAAUAUCUGCCAAUGGGGGAAGAAAAAUAAUCUUGUGUAGCCUUUGAAUUCAGAUUCUUUUUCUUACAUCAUUGGUAAAUAUUUGUGCAUGUUUUAAGCAAAAACUUACACAAUAUGGGGUUGUUGUUGUUUUUAAGUCAUUUUACUUGUACAGUAAAUUCAUCCUGAUUCAAGAAUGGUUAGAUAUUUAUAUUAAUGCUGUCAAACGGUUAAUCACAUUCUAAAUAAGUUUUUGUUUACAUAUAUGUGCG